AUGGAUCCCUCUCCCCAUGUUCCUUCUCCAAACCUCUUCUCUCUCGCAUCCCACAACGUCCUCAUCACUGGUGCCACGAGGGGCAUAGGCGCUGCUUGCGCACUUGCUCUUGCCCAGGCUGGAGCAUCCAUCUGUCUCGUCCAGCGAGAACCCCAGUCUGGAGAAACCCCUAACCUCGACACCUUCAAUGCCAUCCGUGCCCUGGGGGCCACCGCGCACGUCGUCUAUUGCGAUCUGGGAGAUUUGCAGGCAGUCCGGGAACUUUUUCCAAAGGCACUUGAUGCGAUGGGCGGUAAUAUCCACGUCCUUGUCAACUGUGCUGGUAUACAACGGAGAUCCCCGAGCGUUGAUUUCCGCGAGAAGGAUUGGGAUGAUGUUCUCGAUGUCAACCUCAAAUCGGUCUGGCUGCUAUCCCAAGCAGCUGGCCAGCACAUGGUCCCUCUCCGCAGGGGAAAAAUCAUCAAUUUCUGUUCUCUUCUUACCUUUCAGGGUGGUCUAACCGUACCAGCAUAUGCUGCUGCAAAGGGUGCCGUCGGUCAGCUCACAAAAGCUCUUAGCAACGAAUGGAGCCAGCACAAUAUUCAGGUUAAUGGCAUCUGUCCAGGAUAUAUUGCCACUGAUAUGAACGAGAGAUUGCUCGCAGAUCCGGUCCGCCUUAAACAGAUCUCGGAACGUAUUCCCGCAGGGAGAUGGGGCAACCCUCAGGACUUCGCCGGACCAGUUGUAUUUCUAGCAAGUUCAGCUAGUCAAUACGUAUGUGGUGAACUCCUUGUGGUUGAUGGGGGCUGGAUGGGCCGGUGA